GACACGGCUUUUGUAAAGACAGUGGGUUUCGGUAAUUUGUAUUAAGCACAAGUGUUUCUCACCCGAAGAAAGCUAAUAUAAACACUCUUUCCCACGCGGUAACAGCAAUGGACAGACUGUUUGGAAUUCUGAUUUGGUCGAUAUUGUUCGUAUCAAUGCACGGACAUGUAUUGUUUGAUGAUGGCGAUGACACACAGACUUCGGCGUUAAACUUCAUUAAAGUCGGGCUACAGCAAUACAGGCAAGGGAUUGAAAGAAUGAUGCUGAAUAAGCUUAAGCAAAACGAAGACACUAUGGUGAAAAUGUUAAACAGCCUGAUUGGGACUACCACAAAUAGCAUUGUCGGCAAAGAAAUGGUGUCAACAAGUGCUACAGUGGAGGAUUUAAAAAGCAUCAAAACAAAGGCACGAACAAUAGAUGGUCAGGAAAAUACAUUGAAUCUUACAACUACAGAGUAUAGAAGCAACGGUAACUUAAAUCGCAAAGGAUUCACAUAUUUGUUAAGAUUUAUCAAUGAAAGUAUGUAUGCUAUCCAAAACGAUCAGCGACUCUUUAGGCAGGAAAUGUUAUCACUCACAACCAGUUUGUAUAGGAAGGUUGAUGAAAAAAUAGGUGAUCUACUUUCUGCAACUCAGGCUGAGCAACGACUCUUAAGAAAAGAAAUGAAGUUCUCAGGAUCCAAUGUGUCCGAAAAUGUUGAUGAGAAAACUAGUCAGACUGAGCAAGAACUUUUGAGUAAAACAAUUGAGUCUCUAUCAACCAAUUUAUCUGGAAAGAUUGACGAAAGUCUCUCCAACAUUCAGACUGAGCAGCAACUCUUUAGACAUGAAAUCUUGUCCGUUACAGCAAAUUUGACUAAAAAAGUAGAUACGCUAUUAAGUAAUCGAGAUAAUGGCACUUUGAGGAAAGAAUUUGAUGUACUAUCCGACCAAUUUCAAAAGGAUCUUGCAGCUAAACACUCAGAAUUUGACUCCGUUCUCAGUACAGCCAACCAAACAGUUUCUUUAUGUACAAAGGAAAUAGGAGACAAAUUUGAUAAUUUACAAACAAAUCUCGAAAAAUUACUCAUUGAAGAAACUGUAAAAACUGAAAAUUUUACGCUGGUUCUUGGAUAUAAACUUUCGGAGCUAGAGUUAAGAUAUUUGGAAGUGCAUUCUGAUUGUGAUGACAUCUUAAAAAAAUAUUCGGGGAAAAGAGAGAUAAAUGGCGUCUAUAAUAUUAUGGGUUUUUUCAAUGAGAAAAAAGCCGUGUACUGCGAUAUGACAACUGACAACGGAGGAUGGACGAUAAUUCAGCGGAGAGUCAAUGGUUUGGUAGACUUUUACCGUAACUGGGAGGAAUACAAGGACGGGUUUGGAUUUGCCGAUCAGGAGUAUUGGAUAGGUAAUGACAUGCUACAUAGAUUGACAUCACUGAAGCCCCAGGAACUGCGAGUUGAUAUGGAGAGAUUUAAUGGAGAGAAAGCCUAUGCUGUUUACUCUAAUUUUUCUGUCGGGGACGAGGCUAGUAAAUAUCAGCUACAGGUGACUGGAUACAGUGGGAAUGCAGGGGAUAGCCUGUCUUACAACAACAACAUGGAGUUUACUACACCGGACCAGGAUAACGACUUGUGGAGCUUUAACUGUGCCACUCUUUGGAGAUCGGGAUGGUGGUUCAGCGACUGUUCCAGAUCCAACCCUAAUGGACAGUACACCGACUCUGAGAAAACUGGUUUAAAAUACCUUACAUGGUCAUACUGGACAAACUCGUAUAAAUCUCUGAAAUCAAUACAGCUGAUGAUCCGUCCUCGGGCCUGACAUCGAGAUGUAACGUUAUCCUCAUUAUGUUGCCAAAUGUAGCAGUUUUCUCUCUCUGUGUAUUUACUUUAUUUACCUGCAUGUUUUUGUUUGUCAAUUGACUAUCAGAUACUUUUGCACCAUAUGUAAAUAUUUAAACUACUCUUUAUUAUUUAUAAAUAUAUGAAUUUUAAACGAAUUGUAUUUUGCUUUGAUUUAUAAUUAUCAUGAUGUAAAAGAAAUGUUUGAAUCAUUUUGUUUAGUUUGUAUAAAUUAUUAAACAUUACGAUGAUACUUCCAAUAUUGAAUGUUACC